CGCCGAGCGGCACGAGGUGCCCGGAGCCGAGAGGGUGGGCAUGGCCAGCAUCACCCAGCUGUUCGACGACCUGUGCGAGGCCCUCCUGCCGGUCGCGAAGGCUCGCUUGGGCCAGCGCGGCGUGAGCCGAAGGAGGGCGAAGCAGAGCCUCAAGAGGGUGGCCUACAACGCUCUCUUCACCAGUCUGUUUCAAGAUGAGACGCAGAGGCUGCAGCCUGACCCCUCAAAACUCCCGGUGAAAAACAAGAUCCUCAUGCUGUCCUUCGACUUGAGGGUGGGUGGCCUGGGCCCCGAGGCUGACCGUUUGGAGGAGCUGGUGGAGGAGCUGGAAGCAGGCCCUUGCUGUCCGCUUGCGGAGGUGGGCUCUGUUUUGGACCUCCUGGUUCAGCUGGCAGGGAGUGGCCCCCCGCGAGUGCUGCCGCGAAAGCGGGACUACUUCUUUAACAACAAGUACGUUGGGAGAAACGUUCCCUACAGCGGCUACGACUUCUACGACCUGAGUGUGUUUGAGAUGGACGUUCAGUCUCUGAUCUCCAGAGAGGAGUAUCUAUGUCAGGACAUGAUCCACAAAGCGCUUCAGGUGAUGGAGGCGGCGCCGGGCACUGGCCUGCCCACUGUUGGGCUCUUCUCGUAUGGUGACCCUUGUGGUGACAGGUUUGAGAGAGACACCCGGGUCUCGCUGUUCGGUGCCCUUGUGCACAGCCGUACAUACGACAUGGAUGUCCGCCUGGACCUGCCCCCGGUGCCAGACAGCGCAGACCUCUCUGGACUGGCUAUUAAGGUUCCUCAGAGUGUGGAUCAGUCAGAAGAUGAAGGGUUCCAGUCAGCAUCCAAUUUAACUCCUGAUUCCCAGUCUGAACCAGGCAUGACUCCAGACAUCGACCUGUGGGACGCUGUGCUCACCUACGAGGCCAGCAAGCGGAGGUGCUGGGAGCAAGUUGGAUGCCCCCCUGGCCACAGAGAGGAGCCCUACCUCACCGAGGCGGGAAGGGACGCCUUUGACAGGUUCUGCAGGCUCCGCCAAGGGGAGCUGCAGGUGCUUGGUGGGGGCCUCCUGCAGGCCCCGCAGCCCGUCCUGGUGAAGGAGUGUGAGCUGGUGAAGGAUGCACUGAACGUCCUGAUUGGGGUCGUGUCUGCCACGUUUUCCUUCUGCCAGCCAGCUCAGGCCUUCGUGGUGAAGCGGGGCGUCCAUGUAUCGGGAGCAUCCCCCGAGAGCAUCAGCAGCCUCCUCUCGGAGGUGGCCGAGUGCGGGACCCACUAUGCGCGCCUGAGCCAUUUCUCCCUGCAGCCUGUACUGGACUCCGCAUGCAGCAAAGGCCUCGUAUUCCAGGCCUUCACCAGCGGCCUGAGGAGGUACCUGCAGUAUUACCGGGCUUGUGUCCUCUCCACUCCGCCCACCCUGAGCCUCCUCACCAUUGGCUUUCUCUUCAAGAAGCUGGGCCGGCAGCUCAGGUACCUGGCUGAGCUCUGUGGGGUCGGCACUGCACUCCCUGGCACCGGUGGAGGAGAGCCCAGCGCCGCGUUCCCCACUGGGGUGAAGCUGCUCUCCUACCUCUACCAGGAGGCCCUGGAUAACUGCAGCAACGAGCACUACCCGGUGCUGCUGUCCCUGCUGAAGACCAGCUGCGAGCCCUACACGCGGUUCAUCCACGACUGGGUAUAUAGUGGGGUCUUCAGAGAUGUUUAUGGCGAGUUUAUGAUCCAAGUGAACCAUGAGUACCUCGGCUUCAGAGAUAAGUUUUACUGGACCCACGGCUACGUGCUCAUUUCCAAAGAGGUGGAGGACUGCGUGCCCAUGUUCUUGAAGCACGUCGCCCACGACGUGUAUGUCUGCGGGAAAACCAUCAACCUGCUGAAGCUCUGCUGCCCCCGGCACUACCUCUGCUGGUCUGAUGUCCCUGUCCCUCGGAUCUCGGUGAUUUUCUCCCUUGAAGAGCUGAAGGAGAUCGAGAAGGACUGCGCCAUCUACGUGGGGCGGAUGGAGAGGGUGGCGCGCCACAGCUCCAUCAGCAAGGAAGAGAAGGAAUUACGAAUGGAAAUUGCAAAGCAAGAAUUGAUUGUCCACGCCCGAGAGGCGGCGUCCAGGGUCCUGAGUGAGCUCAGCGACCGGCAGAUGUCUGAACGGAUGGCUGUGGACGCCCGGAAGCGGGAGCAGUUUCAGAGGCUGAAAGAGCAGUUUGUGAAGGAUCAGGAGCGACGCCGGGCGGCCAGGCAGGAGGAGCUGGAUGACGACUUCAGCUACGCCCGCGAACUCCGCGACAGGGAGAAGAGGCUGAAGGCUCUGGAGGAGCAGCUGGAGAGGAAGGCGAGGCAGGCGCUGGUUGACCAUUACAGUAAGUUGUCUGCAGAGGCAGCUCGUCGAGAGCAAAAGGCGCUGUGGAGAAGCCAGAGGCACAGGCUGGCAAGCGCACGGCUGCAUUUUCUCCUAGAAGAUCAGAAGCACAUUCAGGGAAUGCUGAAUGACCUGUCCGAGGGGAAGCCCCUGGAGCCUCUGGCCGUCCUCCCGAGUGCACACUCCCAGGUUUCAUCUCCAGGUCCCGAGCACCCAGAUGGAGGUGGCAGCUGUCAUUCUGGGAGUGCAGAACAGCACGUGGCUGCUUGGGAUUGCCCGAGCAGGCCGAGCGUGCCGAUGCUGCAACCCCUCGAGGCUCCAGCAGCAGGGGCCUGUGGCUUGAGGCCAGGAGCAGGCCCACAGCCAGGGCAGGCAGAGGGGCCAGGGCCCUUCUCUGCAGGCCUCAGCACCCAAGACUUCCUGCCCAUGGGCCAGGGAGCUGAGCAGCUUGUGCACACCAGCGUGGCCCCUGUCCUGCGGGAGGCACUGCGGACCAUCAGCUCAGACCUGCCUCCCCCAGGUCCAUCUGCAGUGGUGGGCACAGGGCCCUCUGGGCCACAGGAGUACGAUUUCAGAACCAUCCUGAGGCCAGCCGUGGCCACCUUGGCUUCCCCAGGGCCCCUCCAGACUGUAGGAGGCAACUUGGACAGCGAGGGGCAGCUGUGGGGGGACACUCAAAUGCAGGUGGACAUGUCUGUCCUGGAUGGGCAGGUGGCUCUGCCUCACCCACACUCCCCCAGGCACAACUCCCCCCAGGAGGGGAGCAGCCAGGCCACAGGCCAGCUCCCUGGGCAUGUGUCAGAGGGCAGUGUUCCCACAGGGGCUCAUCCUUCUGGAAUGGUCCCCUCCCAACCACGGUGGAACGUCCAUGGACAUGUGUCUGAUGCCAGCAUCAGGGUGGGGGAGAACGUGUGGGACGUGGCCCCCUCCCGGCCACGGUGGAAUGUCCACGGACACGUGUCUGAUGCCAGCAUCAGGGUGGGGGAGAACGUGUGGGACGUGGCCCCCUCCCGGCCACGGUGGAACGUCCACGGUCACGUGUCUGAUGCCAGCAUCAGGGUGGGGGAGAACGUGUGGGACGUGGCCCCCUCCCGGCCACGGUGGAACGUCCACGGACACGUGUCUCAGUCCCACAUGAUGCUGGGUACACUCUCAGAGGAAACCCGGAUCGAUAAGCCUAGGCCCCCCCGCAACUCCCCUGACCACGUGUCCCUGUCAGGCCUCAGCCUGGGAGAACAGAGCCCUGCCCAGGACUGUGAGCCACAACUGCCCACAGACAUGGCCUCAGGCAGCUCCUGCACUCAGGUGGCUGGCUCUGGUUGUGGGGAGGAGAGUGGCCUCCAGGCCUCAUCGUCGGCUGUGGCUGUGCCUGGCAUUCUAGGAGACGGCACCCCCGAGGAGCCAGGCCCAGGGAGGAGUGGGGACACUGAGGACAUCUCUCCAAGCCACCCUCCAGGCUCACAGGAAGGCGCGGCUGCCCGGAGCAGCCCGGGCCUCAGUGAGGAGGAGGUGGCGGCUGGGCGCUGGAGCAGGGAGCAGGCCUACCUGGCAGGCCUGGCGGGGCAGUACCGCCUGGAGCCUUACCCGGACAGCUACGAGGCCAUGUCAGAGCCUCCCGUCGCCCACUUCCUACACCACGGGCUGCCCCGGGCUUUCGCCGUCCCUGAGGACCCCCAGGUCCAGUCAGACGCGGACGAGACAGCAGUGCAGCUGAGUGAACUGCUGCCACUGCCCGUGCUCAUGAAGCGCUCCCUCACUGCCCCGCUGGCCACCCAUGUCUCCUUGGUGAACAAGGCCGCAGUCGACUAUUUCUUCGUGGAGCUCCACCUCGAGGCACACUUCGAGGCCCUGCGGCACUUCCUGCUGAUGGAGGACGGCGAGUUCGCCCAGUCCCUCAGCGACCUGCUCUUUGAGAAGCUUGGGGCGGGGCAGACGCCUGGGGAGCUUCUCAACCCGCUGGUGCUGAACUCAGUGCUGAGCAAGGCCCUGCAGUGCAGCCUGCACGGUGACACCCCACACGCCGCCAACCUCUCCUUCGCCCUCAAGUCCCUGCCCGAGGCGUUUGCCCCCAAUGCCCCAGACGUGCUGAGCUGCCUGGAGCUCAGGUACAAGGUGGACUGGCCCCUCAACAUCGUUGUCACCGAGAGCUGCCUGAGCAGGUACAGCGGCAUCUUCUCCUUCCUGCUGCAGCUGAAGCUCAUGAUGUGGACGCUCAGGGAUGUCUGCUUCCACCUCAAGCGCACAGCGCUGGUGAGCCACGUGGCCGGCUCCGUGCAGUUCCGCCAGCUGCAGCUGUUCAAGCACGAGAUGCAGCACUUCGUGAAGGUCAUCCAGGGCUACAUCGCCAACCAGAUCCUGCACGUCACCUGGUGUGAGUUCCAGGCCAGGCUGGCUGUGGUGGGCGACCUGGAGGAGAUCCAGCGCGCCCACGCCGAGUACCUGCACAAGGCCAUCUUUAGGGGCCUGCUGACGGAGAAGGCAGCACCUGUCAUGAACAUCAUCCACAGCAUCUUCAGCCUCAUCCUCAAGUUCCGCAGCCAGCUCAUCUCCCAGCCCUGGGGCCCAGCCAGUGGCCCCCGGGGUGCUGAGCACCCUAACUUUGCCCUCAUGCAGCAGUCCUACAGCACCUUCAAGUACUACUCCCACUUCCUCUUCAAAGUGGUGACCAAGCUGGUGAACCGCGGCUACCAGCCCCACCUGGAAGACUUCCUGCUGCGCAUCAACUUCAACAACUACUACCAGGAUGUCUGAGGGCCGCUCAGUUCUGCAGCCCAGAGUGGGGGCUUGCUGCUGUAGGAGCGCCGCCUGCCGGCCGCCCUGCUGGCCCCCUCACCAGCCCCCUCAGGCUGUGC